ACUAUUCAACAUCCACAUGGACAGCGCGCAUGAGCCGCGCGUCUCUAACCGCGCUUUUUUUUACGCGCCAAUUUAAUUGUCAAAAAAAUAAUUAACUAACUGUGAUGUAAAAAAAACAUUUGAUUUUUUUUUAUAAAAUAAUGUAGUAUAACAAGUAACGAUAAUAUAAUAAAAUUUGUUGUGAUGACGGCAAAUAAGAUAAAGAUGGGAACUAAGUGGUGUGUUUGUAAAAAUUUAACAACUUUAUCAGUUUAUGCGGGUUUGAUGUUAUUUAUUGGUGUGCCAUCAAUAUUAUGUAAUUUAGAUUUGCCGAAACCUCUAAGCUACGACUUCAUAUACAAUAGCACAAACUACGCGCAAAUUAGCCAUACUCUAAGGCCAUAUAGCACUCCAAUUAACCAUAGCUCUAAGCAUAAUUACAGUCACAUAUAUAAUGACACCAAAGGAAAUAAUUUAGAAGAUAUUAAUUUUAAUGACAAACUCGAUAGUAAGGACGAUAAUAUACUCGUUGGAUUUGCUCAUGAUCCAUUUAGGUAUUCAAUACCAGAGUCUGAUUAUCAUAAAGGUGUUAGAACAAUAGAUCCAAAACAGUAUUCAAAUAAGGGAGAUCGUGGGAAGCGUGGAGUUUUCCAUCUCUACAACAUGUUGACCUGUGCCACUGGAUGUGAUCCCAUCUCGUACAAGGGCUAUGGUUGCUAUUGCGGUUUCCUCGGUUCCGGAAAACCUACAGAUGGAAUUGACAACUGCUGCAGGCUACACGACAAGUGCUACGAGAACGUCUACUGUCCGGUCAACACGGUUUACUUCCAGCCUUACUACUGGAAGUGUUUCAACAGGCAGCCUCACUGUGCUCUAGAGAAUUACCAGUCACGUCGCCAGGUCGGGAAUAGUUGUUCUGCGAGAUUGUGCGAAUGUGACAGAAGAUUUGCGAUGUGUGUUCGGAGGUAUUCGUGUCCCCGUGGUCGAACGUUCUGUACAUCUGAUCCGUUGAGGCUGCUUCAAAAUAUAUUGAUGUUUAGAUAAUGACAUUAUUUUUCAUAUAAUGAUUGUGAUUCGGUGUUAUUUCCCAAUGGAAACUAUUAUUCACCGAUUAAAAAUUUGGAAUAAAAAUGGUUUUGAUAGAUUUUAAGAUUAUAAUAGCUUUAAACCCCUAAUUAACGUAAGUCAUAUACGAGACCUCAGAAAUGGGUAAAUGAUAAUUAGGAGACAGAAGUCAUAUACGAGUAAAUAAAAACAGUGUAAUUUGUGAUAACCAUGUUUUGUAAAUAUUUCUGGAGAUAUUCUUCAAAUAAAUGUUAAGAAUUUUUCUGUGUGAUUCGUUGUCAGUAUUGCACGGAAAACAAAUAAUUUGUAAUUUUGUAUUGUUUUAAUGAGCAUAUUAAUAGAUAGACGAAUGGUCCUGGGAAUCCAUGCGUAGGUGAAAUUUUGGAUUUUUUUUUAUCAAUGAAAUAUACUAUCGAAGAAAACCUUAAUACAUCAUAUUUUACUCAAAAUUUCACAAUCCCAGUUCUUUUGCAACCAUCGCUUGGAAUGUUGUGUAGUAUUGUUAUCGAUAUUUUUUUUGUAUCAAUGUUCAAAUGCAAUUGUAAGGCAGCGAUCCCCGUAAUUUAUUGUGUAAGCGAAAUAACAAGCCAGACUAAUUAAAAUAUAUUAAAUUACUUCAUUUUUUUUAAACAGAUAAUAAUAUUUUUUUUAUUAUAGAAUAGGAAGGCGGACGAGCAUAUGGGCCACCUGAUGGUAAGUGGUCACCAAACGCCCUUAGACAUUGGCAUUGUAAGAAAUGUCAACCAUCGCUUAUAUAGCCAAUGCGCCACCAACCUUGGGAACUAAGAUUUUAUGUCCCUUGUGCUUGUCAUUACACUGGCUCACUCACCCUUCAAACCGAAACACAACAAUAACAAGUACUGCUGUUUUGCGGUAGAAUAUCUGAUGAGUGGGUGGUACCUACCCAGACGAGCUUGCACAAAGCUCUACCACCAGUAUAAUUAUUUAUAAAAUAUAUGAUAUAUAUUGAGCAAAUAAGAUUUAGUGUAUUUUUAAUAAUAAAUUUAUUGACCUUGGAUAGGAUUUAAAAGCAAUCGUCUCGUCUCUCUGGUUAUAGCAAAUAUAUUAUAGUAAAGGGGUAUCUGAAUAUAAAUUCAAUUAGCACUAAAAUCACCUUCCUAAUUUCACCUAUACUUUAUAAAUAACUAAAAUUACACACAAUCAAGAUGUUACCGUUUAGUUUUUAAUGAUUUUAUUAAUUAAUAAUGUGACAUAAUUAAGUAAUUAAAUUUUAAUAAAUAGUAUUUGUUUACCUCUUCGUGUAAAUAUAUGUAAUGUAAAUAAUUAACGUAAGUAAUACAUUAGCUGUAAAUAG